AUGGCCUUCGCGCACUGUGACUACACAGUUGCAUGGAUCUGCGCCUUGCCGCUGGAAAUGGCGGCCGCAAAGGUCAUGCUAGAUAGCGUCCACCCUCCUCUCUCACAGCCAAAGUCCGACCCCAACGGCUACACUCUCGGUACUAUUCACGGUCACAAUGUGGUGGUAGCCUGCUUGCCGUCUGGGGUCUAUGGAACCACAUCUGCCGCGAUUAUACUUGCCCAUAUGCUGUCCACAUUUCCCUCUCUUCAAUUUGGGUUAAUGGUAGGUAUUGGAGGUGGUGUACCUAGUGAAACUGAUAUUCGGCUUGGUGAUGUGGUUGUCAGCAUGCCAAAUGCAACAUCGGGAGGUGUAAUCCAGUAUGACUAUGGCAAAACACUUCGUGAUGGACGCUUUCAGCGCACUGGGUCACUGAACAAGCCUCCACAAUAUCUAUUAACUGCGAUAUCUCAAAUGCGCAGUAACCACAUGAUCGGGGAAAGACCUGUUCUGAAAGUCCUAUCUAAUAUUUUUCAUAAACAUCAAGACAUGAAAGAAAAGUUCUCACGCCCAGAUAAAGACUGGUUGUUCCAGUCACGAUAUGAUCACCAGGGUAAUAAUAACCCUGACUGCUCAACUUGUGACCAGACCCAGUUGGUGACUCGUGUACCGCGAGAAACUGAGGAGCCAUGUAUUCAUUAUGGCCUGAUUGCUUCCGGAAAUCAAGUUAUGAAGAAUGCCAACAUACGAGACGCUAUUGCUCAGGAGGAGGGCAUUCUAUGCUUUGAAAUGGAAGCUGCGGGGCUCAUGGACCAGCUUCCAUGCCUGGUUAUUCGAGGGAUCUGUGACUAUUGUGACUCUCACAAGCACAAACAAUGGCAAGGAUACGCGGCUAUUGUUGCUGCGGCUUAUACAAGGAAUAUGCUAGAAGUUAUCAGAGAUACGAGGACUACAUGCGAUAUCAACAAUCCGAGGGCCAUGAACAACAAUACCCGAAUGAUCUCUAAGCAAUUAUUCUGGGAUGCAUAUCUGCUGCCUAUUCUCAAGAAAUACAAUGCCGAAAUGGAAGUGAUAUGUGACCGUCCACAUUGCUUUGUGGAGAUUAAGUGGCCAGGUCUCAACUGGUCGUGGAAAUGUGAUUGGAGAGCCAUAUGA